UAACGGUUUAGAACGUACGCUUUGCGUUUUAAGUUGGGGUAAUUUUUGCGGUUUGUUCGUGCGUUCGUAGUUUUAUCACCUCGAUAUCAGAACCAAUAAUAAUAAAAAUUAUUAUGUACAGUAAAUAAAAAUAUGAAUAAUAAUUAUAAAUAAGAAGGCGGAAAAUAAAUGCAAAGUAUGGCAAGCUACGUGUUAACCCACAGCUAUUUUUUCGUAAAAAUUAUAUUUAUAAUUUCGCCGUUUUUCGCUUGAAAUAGACUACGUUUGCUUACAGGCAACUGCUGGUGAUCAAAUCAAAAGUUUUCACUGAAUUAAUUGCCCGCAAAAAAAAAAAACAUUAAAUGAAUUUGUGCGAACUGAAAUCAGAGGCACAGAAUUAAAAUUUUAAAUCAAGUAAAUUACGUAGAACCCGCCAUAACAACAGCAGCUGACCGGCGUCAAGAAUAUAAAACGCCAAAAAAGUGCUCGCCGACUUUUCACAUUAACACGCGCUGAGUGCUGACAGUGAUUAGUAGUGACAGCUGAUGCUCUUGACGUCGUAUUACGAUUUUUAGCAUAAAGUUUUACACCAGUGGUUGUAUAUGAGUAGUACACGUUGGUGGGCAAUUCAUUUUCGCCGGUUAAUAUUUUGACACUUACAAUCAGUGUGGUAAAAAGUUGAUUUUUUAUUUAAAAAAAAAAAAAUUUUAUCGAAAUUAAAUAUAUACGCAUAAUACGUGAGUUUAAUAAGUGAAAUUUCAUUUGCGGUCGGCUGGUGCGUAUACGUAACAUUUCUGAACACUACACACAGCUUCCUUAUUCCGGUUGAAUGACCAUAUAAAACAUAGCAAUGUUGUUGCCCCCAUUACAAACAUAUACACAGAGUAUAUAGAAAUAUGCAGUUAUAGAAACAGUAUAUUUGUAAGAGUGUGUAUGUGUGUAUUUUUCCUACAUAUGUAUACUAUGAGAAAGUGAGUGAAGAAAAUAAGCGAAUAAGCGUAGGAAGGCAGAUAAAGUGCAAAAGGCAACAAGCAACCUAGAAAAUACGGCGGAAAAAGUAAACAUACAAACACACUUGAAGUUUUAUAUAUUAUGCACACACACAACCACAUAUAUGAAUUUGUAGCAAAAGUCAAGCUAAAGAGUGCAACUAGCAAAGUAUACCAUAUAUGUAUAUAUGUAUGUGCAUGAAGUCUACGCUCGUUGCAAGUCAAGAUAUAUGUAUACCACUCUGUUAUACAUUCAGCUUCCUAGCCAAGCGAGCGACGAGCUUUGGCAAACUGAAAUAAAAGUGAAAAUUCUAUAGUAGGAAAAUCGUGUGCGAAUCUAAAACGGGUCGAGAAAAAAUAACAAAAACAAAGAGAAAAUAUUGGUGAAAUUGUCAUUAUAAAUCUAACACCACAGACACUUUGCAAACGAGUAUUCAGAAAAAUAAGAAAGCCAAAAAAAUAGUAUAAUAAAGGCACACAUAUAGGUGGCAGUGAGACAGUUGGAGCACCAUCAGCAACAGUAGCAGCAUCAGCAGACGACAGCAGAUUUUACACUCAAAGUGCUAUAAAUUAACGUACGGCGACCUUUGCAGGAGUUCAGAGACGACCGAAAAACAAAGAAAGCCAGCAGUCGUAAACGCCCACAAAACAUUUAUAAGUGAAAGGGAUGUGUGUGUGAACGUAGGGAAGUGAAGUGAAGUUAAAAAAUUUUAGCAACAGAUUCACCUUGCAAGCUGGUGGUACGCCAACAACGCCGCCAUAGCCGUUUGUUGACACUCUCACUAAAGAUAAAUCAAUAAAGAGAAAAGUCCAAGUGCAACCGGACUUAGUUGCAAGUAUACAAGGCUAUGUAUGCAUAGGUAGAAUAUAUACAUAAAAGCACACAAAUUUAGUGUACAUACUCACACAUAUAUCCAUGCAAAUACUCAACCUACCCAUAUAAUAGCGUUUUAAGUGCUAAAGCCGGCAUAGCAUUUGAAUUGCUUUUAAACAAACGUCCAGACGCCAAGCCAAGUCAGUCAUCUAGUCAGCCAGUCAGCCAGUGGCCUUUGUCUGCACACCGCAAACCACAACGUCCAAUAUCUUUGUAAACAGUGUCUCAGCCACCAGGCGCCCAGCAAGCAGUCAACCAACCAACAAACCAACGAACCAAGUUAAGGAGUAGUAUUCUCCUCUAUCUCCCCCUGCACUCACUCGCUCGAGUAACAGUUUAAACAAAGCAAACCGGCAAAAUUCAUUCGCAAAUUAUGUUGGCCAUGUCAACACUGAUGAUGCCAGCUCCCACCAUUGCUAUGGGGGCGCCGCAGAUCACUAUGGGACCACAUAAGCCACCGGAAACAAAAUUGCUCGCCAUACAUCCGGCUGCUGUUGCUGCUGCAAAUGGUAGUGGUGGUGGUGGUGGUGGCGGUGGGCAGCAGUCUCAUCUUCAACAUAACGGUCAACAUCCACAGUCACAACAGCAACAACAGCAUCCAGCACAAUCAAAUCAACAACAACAGCAGUCCCAGCAGACCCAACAACAGCAAUUUUCAGCCGGCAAUAAUAACAGCAACAAGCCAGGUAUUAUUGUCAAUAGUAGUAUUGGAACAUUAGAAUUAAGCAAUCAUGAGCAGCAUGAUAUUGUAUAA